UGCGCAUCACCGCUGAUCUUGAAAGCUGUGUUUGCUUCUCUGGGCCGAGCAUCCCUGAACACCAUGUUUUUGAAGAUCGACUUUUAAGUCGAACUCGCACACAAACAACAUUUUGUGAGAGGAAACAAUACAUCCUAAAUUUAAUCAGGAGAAAAGCAGGCUGGCUGUUUUCUUUUUGGGAUUUUGGAUACCCAGUGCCAUUUUGGGGGGUAAACUCCAACUGUUUGUUUCCCAGAAGAAGGGAUGAUGCAUCUAAAGGGACUAGUGUUGUGAAGUUGUUAAGCCACGAGGAAUCGGGUUACCCUUAUUGUGCCGAUCACUGCUCUGGGCUUUAACCAGACAGCGAUAGCCCAUGGUCGGAUCAUAUUCAUGCGGUUUUACGCGCAGGUGCUUCACGAACAGAAAGUACAGCGGGGGUUUGUUGCAGAGGGAGGAUGGUGGCGGAGAUGGCGAAUUGUGGAGCGACUUGUCAUCUGGAAGACGGGGACGGAGAUAUCCCAGCACCUGGCAACAAAGAUAAUCUGACAGAAAGUGACGGCAGUGGUUCAGAUAACACAGGAACAUCCACUGAGGACAGCUCGGAGGAGGAGGAGGAGGAAGAGGAGGAAGAGGAGGACUCUGAAUCCUGUGCUGAGAGGAACAGAGGAGAGAAAGAUGAUGAUGAGGCUGAAGCAGAGGAGUCUAAAAAUGAGUCAGGCCCUGAAGCAGCAGCAGAGGUUUCAAAUGGGAACGAUGAGAGGCCCAUUUACUGCUGUGAAAAAUGCAAAUCCAUCCAUCGGAGCCACGGCAAUGAGCUUGUUACUCCCAGGAGGAUCAGCAAGGGACGAUUUCAGGUGCAGCUGGAAGAUGAAGGCACGUACGAAUGUUCGGUCACCGGCUUGGUGUUUGAAGCAUCGGAGCGGGUUAUGUUGCGGUACUCUGUAUUGUCCUGGUCCAAGUUUGGUACGUUCCUCCGAGACUCUUGGAAAUUUGCUGGACCCAUCUUUAACGUGGACACAGUCAAUAAGGACGCUUCUGUCCUCAAGUCCAUCCAGUUUCCUCACUCUGUCUGCCUUGCUGAUCCAGAAAAUGAGAUGACAUUCAGUGUCCUUCACAUAAAGGACAACCGCCCACUCAUCGAACCCACAGUUGACCACUCAGGUAGUCAUGUGAAGUGGAAUGUGUCGUCUUUGUCACCUGUGGGUCCCAUCAUUCAGACAACCCAGUCUGUAGAGCACCAUGGGGUGGUUCUGGUUUACAAGCAGCUGGGCAAUGACCACAGCAGCUACAGUUUCCAUGUCUACCUGGCCACCAACAGUGCCUCUGAUAUCAAGGAUAUACGCAAACAAGUGCAGGGCUACAAGAACCGUUACAUACGGAUAGAAAAGCCCCCAACGUGUAAACUGGACGAGGGGACGUAUCGUCUGCUGAGCGAGCCGGAGGGAGAGAUCAAACCUGAGGAUUUGAAAUUCACCCUUGCAGUGACUAAGAUGAAAGGCUACUUUGAAGCUUUCUUUGAUCAGCCUCCUCCCUUCAAAUUGUCUCUGGUAGAGAUCAACACUGAUGAGACUGUAUGGUCCGCCACCAUCAGAGAAGGUGACUGUGUGGAUAACACAGAAAAGACCCAAAGGAAGAGAACUAACAGCAGACGAAGGAGCAGCAGCCCCUCAGAGGAAGAAGAACUAGCCUCUAAAAGAGCUCGAUGGCAGGAUGAGUCAGAUGGGUUGAAAACAGUGACGACUCAGGGUCAGGACAUGUCGGAGAAGCAGCUAUUGCAGGUGGCAAAGCGGCUCGGGAAGGAGUGGAAACAGGUGGCCAUCUAUCUGGACUUAAACUCCAGGGAGCUUGACGACAUUCAGGCCGUAGAGAAAGAUGUGACCAUGCAGAAGCUAAAGAUGCUGGUGGAGUGGAAGAGCAGGAGGCGGCCGGGAGAGGCAACGGCGUUUCAUCUGAGGGAGAGUGUGGAGGGGCUGGAUGACCUCCCCAACGAGGUCCACCAGACUCUGCAAGACAUGAUGAACAACCGAGCAGCUAAGUGAACAGGAUCUGACUUCUUUUGAUUGUUGGAUUUCUGUGUCUCCAGUAUCUGGAAGAAAAAAAAACACUCAGGAAAAACAACAAAGACAAUUUGACAUAUGGACCAAACACUGGCCCUUCUCUCAGUUUGUUUUUCUGGAUAUGAAACCCACAGCCGGGGUUUUGCGGCCGAAAGAGCCACAGUCUUAACAUUUGAGGGGCAUUUUUUGCUUCUUUAGUUCAGACGUACCGUAAUCACAACAGACUGGCUGGACUUAAAGCUUGUUUUGGGUAGCCUGAAUUGGGUGAGUAGCACAUUCAUGAUCAGGAUCAGAAAAUGACCAGUAGAGGUAGAAGGGUAGAGAUCAUGGAGAUAUUAAGUAGCUUAUUAUGUAGCCAGUAACAGAUAUAAUGUAGGUGCUGCAGUGUUGAAACUGCAAAAACAUUUUGGGGAAAAAAAACAAACCUGUGUAUUUUGUUUCACUUGUAAAUCUUCUGUUUUUGGGACUUUUUAUAAAAAAAAAUCAGGCAUUUCAUCACCUGCACAUGCUUGUGACUGUCCAAAGUUAGCAGACUGAAAUACUAUGACUUUCUCGUUCUCAUGAAUUUUUUAUUGAUGCACAUUUUGUCCUGUACAUAUCUGUUUUUAUACAAACUUUUUUACAAACUUGUGAUGUAUUUUUCUAGGUCUGUUUAUUUCUUUUUUUAUUUGUCUUCAUAUUUCACUAAUCUAACCCUGUAAACUUCUAAUGAUAUAACAAUGUCCAUUAUUUUUACUUGAAUUAUGAAUCCAUUCCUGCCCUGCUGCGCCUGUAACGCAGAUCUUUUUUUUACCGCAUGAAUAUUAGUUGUGUCUAUUAUAGAAGUGCGCACAGUGCUGAAGUCAAAACAGAAGCGUGUGGAUUCAGGGCUGAAUUUAAUAUCUAUGUACGUGCAGCUGCAGCUUGACAACAUUCAUUUACUUUUAUGAGACAUCUUUUCAAGAAUAACAUCAUAGCUGCAGAGCUUAAAACUCUUAAGAUCUGAAAAACAAACUGUACUGUAAGAUGCCUGUGGAAAUAUUUCACUUUGACUUUCUCACCAGCCCUACAUUUGUCACAGCUUUGUUUCUGCUUCCAGAAAAUCAACACUGCAGGAAUAUUGUGUGAAAAGUUGAAUCUGUUCUCUUCUUCCAUACAGAUAAUGUUUACAUUCAGAGAACAGAGGAACCGCCUUGAAUAUGUAACAGCCUUGUCUGUCCUUUUUGCACUUGUUUCAAUCAUGUCAAAGCGGAGGCAUGAGAUGAAUUGUGAGAUAAAUGUAAAAAAGAAAAAAUUGACUGAAUAAAACAAAAGAAUAUCU